GUGACCGAGCGCACGUAGCGAGGGCUGCGGCCGCCCCCUCCCCGGCGCGCCGGCGCGGCAGGCGACUAUAAAAGGGUGGACUGGCUCCCUCUGCUGCCCAGUCGCACCGUCGGCAGGCUGAGGGCGGCGGGGACCUAGCUAGUGGCGACUGCAGGCGACAGGACUGACCCGAGCCGAGCUCCUCCUCACGGCCCGCUAAUCCAGGUGCCUGAACCUGUGAAGUGCUCCAAGAUGAUCUGGGGUGUUUUAGUGAUGGGGAUUCUACUUCCUCAGUCUUUAGCCCACCCAGGCUUUUUUACUUCAAUUGGUCAGAUGACUGACUUGAUCCAUAAUGAAAAAGACCUGGUGACAUCACUAAAAGAUUAUAUUAAAGCAGAAGAGGACAAGUUAGAGCAAAUCAAAAAAUGGGCAGAGAAGUUAGACCGGCUAACGAAUACAGCGACAAAAGAUCCCGAAGGGUUUGUUGGGCAUCCUGUAAAUGCAUUCAAGUUAAUGAAACGUCUGAACACUGAAUGGAGUGAGCUGGAGAAUCUGAUCCUCAAGGAUAUGUCAGAUGGCUUCAUCUCUAACCUGACCAUCCAGAGGCAGUACUUCCCUAAUGAUGAAGAUCAGGUUGGGGCAGCUAAAGCUCUGUUCCGUCUGCAGGACACCUACAAUCUGGACACUAACACCAUCUCAAAGGGUAAUCUUCCAGGCGUGCAACACAAGUCUUUUCUAACAGCCGAGGACUGCUUUGAGUUGGGCAAAGUGGCCUAUACAGAAGCAGAUUAUUACCACACAGAACUGUGGAUGGAACAGGCUCUGAUGCAGCUGGAGGAGGGAGAGGUGUCUACCAUAGAUAAAGUCUCUGUUCUAGAUUAUUUGAGCUAUGCAGUGUACCAGCAGGGAGACCUGGAUAAGGCACUUUUGCUGACAAAGAAGCUUCUUGAACUAGAUCCCGAACAUCAGAGAGCUAAUGGGAACUUAGUAUAUUUUGAGUAUAUAAUGAGUAAAGAAAAAGAUGCCAAUAAGUCUGCAUUGGGUGACCAAUCUGAUCAGAAAACUACACCAAAGAAAAAAGGGAUUGCUGUGGAUUACCUGCCAGAAAGACAGAAGUACGAAAUGCUGUGCCGUGGGGAGGGUAUCAAAAUGACUCCCCGGAGACAGAAAAGGCUGUUCUGCCGCUACCAUGACGGAAACCGGAAUCCUAAAUUCAUCCUGGCUCCAGCCAAGCAGGAGGAUGAGUGGGACAAGCCUCGGAUUAUUCGUUUCCAUGAUAUCAUCUCUGACGCAGAAAUUGAGAUUGUCAAAGAUUUAGCAAAACCAAGGCUGAGCCGAGCUACAGUACAUGACCCUGAGACGGGGAAACUGACCACAGCACAGUACAGAGUAUCUAAGAGUGCUUGGCUGUCUGGCUACGAAGACCCUGUGGUGUCCCGAAUUAAUAUGAGAAUACAGGAUCUCACAGGACUGGAUGUCUCCACAGCCGAGGAGUUACAGGUAGCAAAUUACGGAGUUGGAGGACAGUAUGAACCCCAUUUUGACUUUGCGAGGAAAGAUGAGCCGGAUGCUUUUAGAGAGCUUGGGACAGGAAAUAGAAUUGCCACGUGGCUGUUCUAUAUGAGCGAUGUGUCUGCUGGAGGCGCUACUGUUUUUCCUGAAGUUGGAGCCAGUGUUUGGCCCAAAAAAGGCACUGCUGUCUUCUGGUAUAAUCUGUUCGCCAGUGGAGAAGGAGAUUACAGUACACGGCAUGCAGCCUGUCCCGUGCUAGUUGGAAACAAAUGGGUAUCCAACAAAUGGCUCCAUGAACGUGGACAAGAAUUUCGAAGGCCGUGCACCCUGUCAGAAUUGGAAUAACAAGCAGGCUUCCCUUGGCUCCUGUUGUCCUAACGCACCAGGCACGAUGGCUGAUCCUAACGUUCAGAAGUUUACAGCUGACUAACACUCCAUGGUUAAUUCGGUCAUGAACCUCAUCCCAUUCUCGUAUGUGGACAAUCACUUAUUUUGUGGAUUUUUUUUUUAAUUAACACUCAAUUACCACAUUAUGUAAAACUUACAGUUAUCACAGGAUACAGGACAUUUAAAAUGAGAAACCUAAUUCUGUUGUUUAAAAGAGCUUUUUGGUUAAUUUUUUUUAAAACACCCAGUGGUAGAUCUCACCGUAUCUCAGGAGCUGGUGGCCCAGGUGAGGCUGUGCUCUCGGCAUGCAGAUGCCUGCGCCCCGCUCUUCCUCUGCUGCACUUUCCAGAUUGCUGAGCGAGCAUAGCUAACCAGGCCCAGCCAGGUCCUGGGGUUGGGCCUCCAUCCAUCUUCCAGUCCACGUGCAUAGCUCCUAUCAUUUAAAGAAACACUUUCUAUCAAAUUGCCCUCCUCACCACUGGUGAGUUCAGCCAGUUUGAGAAAAUCACUUUGAUCAAAAAGUCCUGCAGAACUGGCCUCACAACCAACUGCUCAGACUUAGACCUUUUCCUCAGUGACUGAUGGUGUCCAGAGACUGUUCCAAGUGCCAAGUCCCUGCCGUGUGUGCCAGCUGCAGCAGGUGGUCAUGUUGGCAUUCUGAGUAAAUUCUGUGCCUUAGGAGACUGGGAGUUAGAAAAUGGACAGGUCCUUGUAAUGACAGAGUUGAUUUUUUAAAAAGAAAUGUUUUAUAAGAAGCCAAAAUGUUUGUUUUUUUCCAUUCUGAAAUGUGUUAUGAUAACAAUGACCUAUUUAUGAUCUUAAAUCUUUUUUUUUAAAAAAAC